CCAUGCUUGUGGGUGAGAUUUAUUACAUUUACAGGUUAGGACUUAGGAACGUAGGGAAGGGAAAAGCCCAAGAGGGGACCAAAUACAAAUCCACGUUUCACCGACGGCGUGCGGAGGCGGAGGGGCGUCGUCGGCCUCUGACCUGUCUAUCAGGCGUCAGCAGUCAGUACCCGGGCAAAUCAAAGGCCUAAACACGUAUAUAAAAAUCAACCAGCAAAAACGUUUCGGUUCUUCUUUCUUUGAUUCUCUUCCCUUCCCUUUCUCCAAUCUCCGAUCUUUCCCUCUCAAUCUCUCUCCCCAAUACUUCUUCAUCCCUUCUCUGUACUAUUGCGAGGUGAAAGUUGCUGACUUUUUUUUUUGGGUCCAAAAUCUUCUUCUUCUUCAUCUCUCCCUCUUUUCCGCUCCUUGCUCUGCCGUGGAAGAUCAAUGGCGAAGAGUAAGAGAGAGGAAAGAGAGGUGGGCAGCUUCUUCUUUGACGGAAUGAUUGAUAACAUGCCCGUCUUUGCUAAGGAGCUCAUCGCCGGCGGGGUUGCCGGUGGCUUUGCCAAGACUGUCGUUGCGCCCCUUGAACGCGUCAAGAUUCUCUUCCAGACCUUCACUCUCUCCCUGGACAAAACAUUUAUGUACUGCUGUUGCUAUAUGCUCCAAUUAAAGCAUCUGGGAUCUUCUACCUGCAGUGGGAAUGGAGCUAGUGUUGCUCGAAUCGUACCUUACGCGGCCCUCCAUUUCAUGACAUACGAGCAGUACCGUAGAUGGAUCAUACUCAGCUUUCCUGAUGUGGGUAGGGGUCCUGUCCUUGAUCUUGUGGCAGGAUCCUUUGCUGGAGGGACUGCUGUUCUUUUCACCUAUCCGCUUGACUUGGUUCGGACCAAACUGGCUUACCAGACAGUACAGGUUGUUGGUGCACCAACAAUGAACAUUCGUGGUGCUGUUGGUUCUGAACAAAUGUAUAGAGGCAUAGUUGAUUGUUUUUCCAAGACUUUGAAGGAGUCGGGGGCGAGAGGUCUUUACCGUGGGGUUGCUCCAUCUCUAUACGGGAUCUUCCCUUAUGCCGGCUUGAAGUUUUACUUCUACGAGGAAAUGAAACUGCAUGUCCCUGAGAAGCAUCAGAAAGACAUUUCAGUCAAGUUGGUUUGUGGCUCAGUAGCUGGCUUAUUAGGUCAGACCUUCACGUACCCUCUUGACGUAGUUAGGAGGCAAAUGCAGGUGGAAAGGCUUUCACUUUCAGCAUCUAGUAACGCUGAGUUGAAAGGAACAAUGGAAACACUUGUCAUGAUCGCACAAAAGCAAGGGUGGAAGCAGCUAUUUUCAGGAUUAAGUCUAAACUACCUGAAGGUUGUUCCAUCUGUGGCAAUUGGUUUUACAGUUUACGAUGUUAUGAAAUCGUGCCUGAGAGUACCCUCACGAGAAGCUUUAGAAGCUGUAGCCGAGAACAGGAAUAGUCAGCACACUCUUCAUUCUUAGGCAACACAACCAUACGGUUGCUAACAUUCUUCAACGACGCCAGUAAUAAGCGAUGCAUUCAAUUCUUUACGACUCUGUAUGAUUGUUACAGUGUAAAGUAAUCCUACCUCACAGACUCAGAGCGGCUGCUAAAUAAGCCUCGCAGUUGCAGUCCUGUAUAAUUUUCUAGCCCAGUGGUGGGGGAAAGCUGGAAAGGUCAGUACUUAGGACCUAAGUCUUCAUCUUCUGUACAUAGGAAAAGGUCAAAACAUUGAAGACCCAGUUUUCAUCUAUGCUGUGUUCUGUUGUUGUUGAUCUGGAUAGCCUAAUAUAUCAUACAGCCUUCAGUACAUGACAUAAAACUGGACGAGUAAAACGAAGGUUUAUGCAACUUGAUGCUCAGAUGAAUUGCAUGU